AUGAGAAAGUCAUCGAAUCGACGUUGGCCUAGUUGUCCAAGGGAUCCGAGCAGACGUUUACACCCUUUGCCUCCAUCUACGCGCCCGGUACCGGAACAGCAUCUGGAAAGAAAAACUGUUGAGCCGGACAGCACAGAGGACGUAGUGGGAAGUGGGCAGCGGGUAAUCCAGGCUGAAAAAAGGUUGGAGAGUACUGAGAAAGAUCUUGAAGAAUCUUACGUAGACAAGAGUAUUGAGGCAGUUAAAGAAGGUAGCGAAAAAAGUGAAGACGACGAGUUGGAGAGUACUGCGAAAGAUCUUGAAGAAUCUAACGUAGACAAGAGUAUUGACGACGCACACGAAAGUAGCGAAGAAAGCGAAGAAGAGGAAAACGGGGAUAGCACUGACGAGGAGCAGUUAUUUGCAGAUACCGAUAGUGAUUCAGGUACUGGCAUUAUGCUUCCUCAGAUAAAGUUUUUGAGUCCCAAGGUCUUUAAGGCAACGCCGGAAGAUGACGCCUUCAACUGGCUUGAGCGUUACGAGUCAACGGGAGCGUACAAUCAAUGGGGCGAUACGGAGCUAAGGGCGAAUUUCAGCAUGUAUCUGGAUGGAGCGGCAAGAAAAUGGUACCUGUGCUCCACACUUCCGACGGAGUGGCGUGAUUUACCCAUACGACCGGGGGUUGGCCUCAACGCAGCUGAUCUUCCGGCAGUAACUGGAGUCAGAACACUGUUUUUUAAAGAAUUUCAGCAACAAAACUACAAGCUGUUUCAGGAAACACGCUUGCGGAACCGGGUUCAAGGUAUCGAAAAAGCGACAACUAACUACUAUUACGAUGUUAUUGAUCUUUGUAGGGUGGUGGAUCCAACAAUGACGGAAGCCACCAAAGUCGACUACCUUUUUGGGGGAUUACGGCCCUCGUUGGUCGAAAAAUUGUACCCGUUACAACCCAAAACAGGCGAAGAAUUUUUAGAGGCGGUGAAACGGUUUACUGUUGCCAAGCUCUUGGCCAAUAGACGAAACUGGCCGGACGCGGUGCUCGGGGUGGCAGCAACCAGAGUGGCGGAUGUUCCAAUUGAUUUCAUUCGGACCCUUCCAAAACCAGCUCCAACUGUGGCUGAUACGGAAUUAUGGAAAGUUAAAGAACUGCAAGGUGCGGUAGAAAGUUUGAAGAUUCAAGCAACUCCACCUCCGAAGAGACCAGGAAACGAGAAGACAGUUACGUGGGGAGAGUCGGAGAGAAUCUACAGAAACAAUAACGGAGUACUCAAAUGUUACUGUUGUAACGGAACGGGGCACAUGGCCCGGAAUUGUUGGGAAAAUCCGCAAUCUGCUCAUUUCCGACAACGAUCCUACUCAGGUCCUCCUGGCCCACAGAGAGGGCCGUUGGGUCCUCCCGCGCCAAUCAACAUCGUGUCCCAGCUAGCCGAGACGACUGCAGAUUCAUCAACACAGGAGGAGAUAAAGGAGCAACCUAUCCUUAGACUAGAUUUCAGCAAGCUGAAAUAA